UUACUUGUUGAUGAUGUGUGGUUGGGUAGGGAUUGUGGGAGUGUAUUAGUGAAUGGAGGUACAGUUUAGGCCACACACUGCAUUGCUGGUUGGCUGCCUCAAGGUGCUGAGGGAGGAUGGGAAGGCAAAUAUUUGGCAAGGCACAUCCUGAUAUGUUCAAAACUUACAACCAUCCCAAGGAGUCUCCACUGAGGAGAGGAAGCCAACAGAACCAGGAGGCAAAACACCGCACACACCACAGCAAGGAUGGAGGACGAAGGAACACAGGACGUCAUCAAACCCACACCAGAGGAGGUCGCAACCAUCCCAGAGGUGAAAUAUGAGUACCUAGACCAUCCGGCAGAUGUGCAGAUACAUGCUUGGGGUGCCAGCCUGCGGGAGGCGUACGAACAGGCGGCCACUGCAAUGUUUGGGUACAUGACGGAGAUUGACACGGUGGAGAUGACGGAGGUGCGGGAGGUGGAGGCAGAGGCUGAUGAUCUCCAGGGCCUCCUCUUCCACUUCCUCGAUGAAUGUCUGUUUGUCUUCAGCUGUGACCCGUUCUUCAUCACACGGAAGGUUGUGAUUACUGACUGGGUGAUUGAUGGUGGUGAUGGGGGUGAUGGAGCAAUGAAGGUGUGUGCAAGGCUUUAUGGGGAGGAGUUCCAGCUGGGCAAACAUCCGCAGGGCACGGAGGUGAAGGCCAUCACCUAUGCCAGCAUGCAGGUGUACGAUGAGCCGGAUCAGCAUGAGGUGUUUGUUAUUGUGGAUAUCUGAGUGUGUGUGUGUGUGUGUGUAGUGAGGUGGGUUGGUUAAGUUAGGUUAGACUAGAUUAGGUUUUGUUUGGUUAGGUUGUCUUUAAUUAGAUUUAAUUUGGUUUGGUUAGGUUGUCAGUGGGUUUGGUUAGGGUGUGUUUAGUUAGGUUAGGUUAGGUUGUCUUCAAUUUUGAUUUAGUUUGGUUUAAUUAGGUUGUCACUGGACUCGGUUGUGUUUGGUGAGGCUUGGUUGUGUUUUGAUGUGUGUGUGUGUGUGUGUGUGUGUGUGUGUGUGUGUGUGUGUGUGUGUGUGUGUGUGUGUGUGUUAGUCUGUAAAUGGAUUGUUGUUUUAUUAUUAUUAUUAUUAUUAUUAUUAUUAUUAUUAUUAUUAUUAUUAUUAUUAUUAUUGGUGAUCAUGCUUGUGUGUUUUGGUGAUUCAAAGAAUUUUUUAUGCUUUUUUUAUGUAUUUAUUCAUUUUUAAGUUUAGAAUUGCUACACUCCCUCCUCUUCUCCUCUUCCUCUUCCUCCUCCUCCUCCAAACCAUACCAUAGCAUCACAAUAGCACUGUUUAGGUUAGGCUAGGCUAGAUUAAGUUAGGCUGGGUUAGGUCAGGUCAGGUCAGUCUCUCAGCUCCCAUAUGUGUGGAAGGAAACAACCCAUGUCCUGUAAAGGGAGUGAAGCAAACAAGUCUUGUCACAUUUCCUUGUCAGUGCUUGUUAUCCUGUAUAUGCUGUUGGUGGUGGUGGUGGUGAUGGUUCCCUGUAAGUCAUUAAAAGGGAUGGUUUUUCACUUGU